AUGAACCCUUAUAUUAUAUCAAUUUUUUUACUAGGCUUAGGAUUAGGUACUACAAUCACAUUUAUAAGCUCACAUUGAUUACUAGCAUGAAUAGGCCUAGAAAUUAAUACACUCGCAAUCAUUCCUUUAAUAGCACAACAUCAUCACCCACGGUCUGUAGAAGCUUCCACAAAAUACUUCCUUACUCAAGCCACAGCUGCAGCAAUAAUCCUAUUUGCCAGUUCUACUAACGCAUGAAUUACCGGACAAUGAGACAUUAAUGAAUUAUCUCACCCAAUAUCCUCAACCAUUAUAAUACUAGGCCUAGCCUUAAAAAUUGGCUUAGCACCUCUCCAUACAUGAUUACCAGAAGUCCUUCAAGGCCUAGAUCUUACAACCGGAUUAAUUAUAUCCACCUGACAAAAACUAGCUCCAUUCUCCCUAUUAAUACAAAUAAACCUAAAUAACUCAGUAAUAAUCACGAUAGCAAUCAUAUCAACCAUGAUUGGAGGUUGAGGAGGUUUAAAUCAGACACAGUUACGAAAAAUCCUAGCCUACUCAUCAAUUGCCCACAUUGGUUGGAUAAUUCUUGUCUUACAAUUCUCACCAUCUCUAACACUUAUCACCCUUAUAAUUUAUAUCUUUAUAACAUUAUCUAUCUUCUGCUUAUUUAAAAUAAACAAAACAACCUCCAUCAAUUCACUCGCGAUAUCCUGAUCAAAAUCACCUACUAUUACCGCACUAAGCCCAUUAAUCCUCUUAUCACUAGGGGGUUUACCACCACUUACAGGCUUUGGCCCAAAAUGAAUAAUCUUAUCAGAACUGACAAAACAAGACCUAAAUAUAAUUGCAACAAUCACAGCUUUAUCUGCUCUACUUAGCCUUUACUUCUACCUACGACUCUCUUAUGCUAUAACACUAACCCUAUCACCCAACACCACCCCCAUUACUAAUCAAUGACGAUUUAAUACCAAACAACCCACCAUUCACUUAUCUAUCUCAACAAUACUAUCACUAAUAUUACUUCCCCUUCUACCUGGUAUUAUGACUAUUAUUAACUA